CCCUGGAAAAAAGUGAGUACCAAAUUCAGCGAAGUCGCACAGCCGAGGAGCAAAGCUGCACACUAUAAAAUCUCUCCAAACAAGCAGGACGGUUUUAAUUACUAUUAUCUGAUCCGAUCUCCCGUCGCUGGUCAUGAGCUCGGACGCGUCCUCCUCCGAUGCCGCAGCUAAUAAAGGGUGCUCGACGUUGGACAAGCAGAAGGAGAAGGCGAGGGUGAGCCGGACCUCCCUGAUUCUCUGGCACGCCCACCAGAACGACGUCGCUGCCGUCCGCAAGCUUCUCGAGGAGGAUCGCUCCCUUGUCCACGCCAGGGACUAUGACAACCGCACCCCGCUCCACGUCGCUUCCCUCCACGGCUGGAUCGAUGUCGCCAAGUGCUUGAUCGAGUACGGUGCCGACAUCAACUCCCAGGAUCGCUGGAAGAACACCCCUCUAGCUGAUGCCGAAGGAGCUCAGAAGCAUGGCAUGAUUGAGUUGUUAAAAUCACGCGGUGGCUUGUCUUAUGGCCAAAAUGGAAGCCAUUUUGAACCAAAGCCUGUUCCACCCCCACUGCCAAACAAGUGUGACUGGGAAAUUGACCCUUCUGAGUUGGACUUUUCAAACUCAGCUAUUAUUGGGAAGGGAUCUUUUGGUGAGAUUUUAAAAGCCCAUUGGCGUGGAACACCUGUAGCUAUCAAACGCAUUCUUCCAUCACUUUCAGAUGACAGAUUGGUGAUUCAGGACUUCAGGCAUGAGGUUAAUUUGCUAGUGAAGCUCCGCCAUCCUAAUAUAGUCCAAUUUCUCGGAGCUGUCACAGAGAAGAAGCCCCUUAUGUUAAUUACUGAAUACUUACGAGGGGGUGAUCUUCAUCAAUACCUCAAGGAAAAAAGUUCACUUAGUACUUCAACAGCUAUCAACUUUGCACUGGACAUAGCGAGAGGCAUGGCUUAUCUUCACAAUGAGCCAAAUGUCAUUAUUCACCGGGACCUAAAACCAAGGAAUGUUCUUCUAGUCAAUUCCAGUGCAGACCAUUUAAAAGUUGGAGAUUUUGGACUAAGCAAGCUCAUCAAGGUUCAGAAUUCCCAUGACGUGUACAAAAUGACCGGAGAGACUGGAAGCUACCGAUAUAUGGCUCCUGAAGUUUUCAAGCAUCGGAGAUAUGAUAAGAAGGUUGAUGUUUUCUCUUUCGCAAUGAUACUGUAUGAGAUGCUUGAAGCAGAACCACCACUUGCACAUUAUGAGGCUUAUGAAGCAGCCAAACAUGUGGCUGAAGGACACAGGCCUCCAUUUCGCUCAAAGGGAUACAUCCCUGAACUGAGAGAGUUAACCGAGCAGUGCUGGGCCCCUGACAUGAACCAAAGACCUUCUUUCUUGGAAAUCCUCAAGAGGCUUGAAAAGAUAAAGGAAAAUCUACCAACCGACCAUCACUGGAGUCUCUUCAAUACAUAAUAUUCAAGACAAAUGUUACAUGAUCAGAAUGUGGAUGAUAUAUUUGCCAUUUCUGCCGGUCAUCUCCUGUACUUCCAGUCGAGGAUAUGGGAUUUGUGAAUGGGGACUCAACUGGUAAUAUGCAAGGAAAAUAGCUCUCUAACUGCUUUACCAAUAUUCUGCUCGGAAUCUUGUCAUGAUUAUCUUGAGUCUCAUCCAGAUUGACAUAUGUAAAACGUUCAUCUUUUGACAGGAAUUUUCUCCUCUCGUUCAUCUAUUAAUUGUAAUUUGUUUCUGGUCCCCAAGUGAAUUUGAGAAUAUAUCUUUUUGAAGCGCUUACGUUUA